GUUCCGGGAGAAGAAGCGGAGCCUCAUUUCUUCAGCUAUCUAUUUAUCUCCCACUCCAGUACGAUUGCUAAAUAAAUGCUCCGGUGCUGUACAAUCACCUCGCUAGUAUAUAUAUCAUCUAACUGGGACUGGGACACGAAACAAACUCUCAAAGCAUGGUAUGUUGGUCAUUGGGGUGGGGAGACUGCUGGAUAAACUGGCAAUGGAGUACAGUAACACUUUGAUAUGCUGCUACCAAGACUGUUCAUGAGCUCAGCUUCCCUAUGCCGUUACCUUUGCCUUUUGAGUUCCUAAUUAAACAUCAUUCAAUUCUUAGGUGCUUGAGUUUCAUCAUAAGCAGCAUUUUCUAUUUUUGGAAAUUAAUACAUUUCUUUUAUUUCCAGGUAUAAACUUGAAGUCCUGCUGCUGCACCGUAAAUGCGGGAGAGAGAUGCCUGCUGGGAGUACUGCGACAAGCUGGAUGGGAACAAAGUCCGGUGCAGGUUCUGUCACAAGGUUCUCAAUGGUGGCAUCAGCAGGCUCAAGUUCCAUCUGUCUCAAAUUCCCAGCAAAGGGGUUAACCCUUGCACCAAGGUGAAGGAAGAUGUCAUUGAGAAGGUGAAGGCUAUCAUAUCGGCAAAGGAGGAGUACAAGGAGUUCCAGCUUCUCAAGAGGCAGAGGGUAGCUGAACUGUCGGUACCCCCGAAACGGACCCGGGAGGUUCCGUCUCAGUCUACUUCUCCAGGGCCGGUGAUGAACUCUCCAGCUGUUACUCUUGCUGCUGAGCAAAAUCACCUUCUUGCUCUGGAAGUGUCGACUCCGGUACCAAAACUAUCUGGUGCUGCUAACAAGUCACGCGCUGCUUCAGAAUUGGAGGCUGAACGAUGCAUAGCUGAAUUCUUUUUCGAGAAUAAGUUGGACUACAGUAUAGCAGACUCGGUUUCAUACCAGCAUAUGCUGGAGGUACUUGGUGGUGUGGGGUUCCGAGGGCCGUCAGCAGAGGUUCUGAAGGACAAGUGGUUGCACAAGCUCAAGUCAGAGAUUUUGCAGAAAACAAAAGAGAUUGAAAAGGAUUGGGUGACAACAGGUUGCACUAUAUUGGCUGAUUCAUGGACUGAUAACAAAUUGAAAGCCCUAAUCAACUUUUCUGUGUCGUCUCCUCUAGGGACAUUCUUCCUCAAAACAGUGGAUGCCUCUCCACACUUCAAAACUCACAGAGGGUUGUAUGAUCUCUUCGAUGAGGUGAUUCGAGAAGUUGGCCCAGAGAAUGUUGUUCAGAUAAUCGCCGACAAGAAUAUAAACUAUGGCAGCAUAGACAAGCUAAUCAUGCAGAACUACAACAGCAUCUUUUGGUCCCCAUGUGCAUCUUUCUGCAUUAACUCAAUGUUGGAUGACUUCUCCAAGAUUGAUUGGGUGAACCAAUGCAUCUGCCAAGCACAAACCAUAACACGAUUUAUCUACAACAAUAAGUGGGUUCUUGAUUUUAUGAGAAAGUCCAUGGCAGGGCAAGAGCUUGUUUGCUCAGGGAUUACAAAGUCUGUAUCAGAUUUUCUCACAUUGAAAUCCUUGUUGAGGCACAGGUCAAAGCUGAAGCAAAUGUUUCAUUGCGCUGAAUAUUCAUCUUCUUCAUAUGCAAGUAGGUCCAUUCCUUGUGUUGAGAUACUCAAUGAUGAUGAGCUUUGGAGAGCAGUUGAAGAGAUAGCUGCUGUUUCUGAACCUUUAUUGAGGGUCAUGAGGGAUGUUUCAGGAGGCAAAGCUGCCAUUGGUUACAUAUAUGAGUCUAUGACAAAGGUGACGGACUCUAUUAGAACAUACUACAUAAUGGACGAAGGCAAAUGUAAGUCAUUUCUGGACAUAGUGGAGCAAAAAUGGCAAGCAGAGCUGCAUUCACCUCUUCAUUCAGCAGCGGCCUAUCUGAACCCAAGCAUCCAGUAUAACCCAGAAGUAAAAUUUUUCACUAGUAUCAAGGAGGAGUUCUACCAUGUUCUUGAUAAGGUGCUUACAACCCCUGACCUAAGGCAAGAUAUUACAUCUCAAUUGCAUGCUUUCCGCAAAGCACAAGGGAUGUUUGGUUCUAACAUUGCUAAAGAGGCCCGUAACAAUACCUCCCCAGGGAUGUGGUGGGAACAAUACGGCGAUUCAGCACCAUCACUGCAACGAGCCGCUGUCAGGAUAACCAGCCAGGUUUGCAGCACCUUGACGUUCCAAAGAGACUGGGAUAUAAUCCUUCAGAACCACUCUGAAAAGCGCAACAAGCUGGACAAGGAGGCUUUGGCCGACCAAGCCUACGUGCACUACAAUCUCACGCUCCAUUCUGAACCCAAGACGAGGAAGAAGUUGGAUGGGGACCCAAUCGCACUGGAUGGCAUUGACAUGACGUCGUCAUGGGUGGAGGACUCUGACGGCCCUAUCCUCACCCAGUGGCUCGAUAGGUUCCCGUCGGCCUUGGAUGGUGGAGACUUGAACACUAGGCAGUUUGGUGGAUCCAUCUUUGGCCCCAGCGAUAAUCUGUUCGGCUUGUAGUUCGAGGAUUUGCGUGGGAAAGAGGAUAGCGUAAGCCAGCCACAAUAAUGAAAGAAGAGAAAAAGCGAGAGGAGAAGAUAAUCAUCUUUGUCAACAUGUGCUCAUCGCUAUCAGAGCACUAACUCGGUGAAGAAAUGUUCACC